AUGCAUUGGCUGGCCUGGAAAAAAUUAUGCAAACACAAGAGUGAUGGGAGAUUGGGAUUCCGUGUUAUUGAAGAUUUUAACACGGCGUUAUUUGCAAAACAACUCUGGAGACUUAUAGAUAAGCCAGAGUCGUUGUUUGCACGAGUGUUCAAAGGACGUUACUACCGAAACGCAACGGCUUUGGACCCUGUAAGAUCUUACUCGGCUUCUUAUGGAUGGCAGAGUAUUGUCUCGGCUCGACCUCUGGUUCACAAAGGACUUAUUAAAAAAGUUGGUUCAGGCACGUCUAUCUCGGUUUGGGAUGAUCCCUGGAUUCCAGCUUCUUGCCCGAGGCCAGCAAAAGGACCUGGAAGUUUUUAUUAUCCUCAUCUUAGGGUGAGUGAAUUGAUAACUUCCAGUACAGCAACGUGGAAUCUUCCACUAUUAAACCAAUUGGUUGAAAGUACAGAUGUCGCGAGGAUUAUCGGAAUCCCCACGUCAACUGCUGCCCCACCAGAUUCACUGGGAUGA